AUGUUUUCUUUUCUCAGACUCAACGAUGAGAUCCUCAGGGUCCUGGAGAGACAUGCUCGAGGGCCAGCAGCAGCACCGGCGGCAACGGCAGCAGCAGCAGUAGCAGUUGCUGCUUCAGUCCCUCCUUCAGAGGCCCCCUACGAUGGCUCCUGUGCAUGCGGGAGCGGCGACGGAUUGUGCUGCAGCUGGGCACCGGCUGCGGGCAGCAACGUCAGCAACAGCAGCAGUGGCAGUGGCAGCAACUCCUGCUCCAGCGCUCUACAGGUGCCAGACGAUAGAGGCAGUAGCUGUUGCAGCUGCAGAGAUGUAGUACAUGAGAGCAUUGAUAAACAUGGUGGCAACAGAAACAGCAACAGCAGCAACAGCAGCAGCACCGGUAGCAGCAGCAGCAUAGAGUAUAGGGUUUGGUACGACCCUCACGGUCGGCUGUCUGAAGGUCUCGCGCUGCUAUUCUCUCAGCAGCUGCAAGGGGCACUGAAGCAACAGCUGCAGGAGCAGCAGCUAGAGCAGCAGCAGCAGCAGCAGCAGCAGCAACUGCGUCGGCAGCGAGAGCAGCGUCAGGAUACAGCUUCGCUGAUUGUGGAAGGUCUGCUCGCGGGGAGCAGCAGCAGCAGCUGCUGCUCAACAGGGAGAUCUGUUUCAGAGUGCUCCUCACAGCACCAGCAAUCGCCUACAGCAGCAGCUGCUGCAGCAGUUGCAGCAGCUGCACCAGCGCCACAGGCGCUGAGCUCUUCUCCCCUGGAGGACCUGCUUGAUGUAUGCGAAGGCCUCAGUAGCAGCAGUAGCAGCAGCACGCAGGAGGUGUGUGUAUUUCUCUUUGUAGAGGCAUCAGACGGCCGGCUUGUUGGGUCUGCUGCUGCACUUGCUGCUGAAGCUGCAGAGGCGCUCACAGACAGAAGAAUCUCCCGCCGCCCCCUACGGCGAUGCGCUCUCUCUCUUGUUUGCUGCGAUACAGCAACGGCAGCAGCAGCAGCAACAACAGCAGAGGGAGCCAAGAAGCGUCAUAGGCAACCGGUGCAGCAAACUACUUCGCACCGUGAGCCGCAGCAGCAGCAGCAGCAGAAGCAGCAGCAGCAGCAGCGGAAGCAGCAGCAGCAGCAGCAGCAGGCCGAAUGUGCAGGCGUUAGUGGCACCUCUCGAACAGCAGUGAACGGGAACAGCUUCAGCAGCAAAACCAGCAGACUAAUCAAGAAGCUAGCAGGGACACUGACUCGCUUGGGAGCAACAUCUCUGCAGCAGCAGCAGCAACAGCAACAGCAGCAACAGCAACAGCAGCAGCAGCAACCGCAACUGUUCUCGCUUACCCUGUGCGCCAGUGCUUCGCCGGCAACAACAGCCAGCAAAUACUGCCAAUGGGUAGACCGUGCGCUGCAGCUUGCGCUGCACAAGCAGCAGGCAGCAGCGGCAGCAGCAGCAGCAGCAGCAGCAGCAGCAGGCGACUCCAGUGAAGAGGAGGCUUCGAGUGACCUAAGCGACUUCAGCUACAGCAGCACAGACGAGGAACAGCAGCAGCAGCAGAAAAAGUAUGUAGGCGGCUGCGGGGAUGGGGCGUCAGACCUGGAGGACCUUGGGGGUGACUCAGCUUCUAGCCCCCUCUCCUCGUCCUCAGCAGCAGCAGCAGCAGCAACAACGAAGCCAGCAGCAGGCGCAGCAGCAGCCGCAGGGGUUGCUGCUUUGCCCGAGCAGCUGACAUCUCGUUUGCGGCGUAAUUUAACUAAAGAGGGUUAUAAGCUUGUGGGUACUCACUCGGCAGUGAAGAUAUGUAGAUGGACGCGAGCAGCAUUGAGGGGGAGGGGGGGUUGUUAUAAACACACUUUUUAUGGUAUUAAGUCUUAUGGAUGUAUGGAGUUCACUGCUUCUGUUGCAUGCGCCAAUCGCUGCCUUUUUUGCUGGAGACAUCACACAAAUUUAGCUGCUGGUGACUGGCAAUGGAAAACAGAUGAACCCAAAGAUAUACUCGCUGAGGCGGUGUACAGACACCUCACCGCCAUCAAGGAACUCAGAGGUCUCCCUGGCUUACGUCGUGAUUUCUUUGAUGAGGUCGACGGCCGCGUGUUGCACUGCGCCCUUUCGUUGGUUGGGGAGCCCAUCAUGUAUCCUCGCAUCAAUGAGUUGCUGCAGCUGAUGCAUCAGCAGCGUAUAUCCUCUUUCCUUCGCACAGGCGCAGUCGUGGUGCCCUUUACCCGCGUGUUGCUGCUGCGGCUGCUGCUGCAAGCUCCAUAUGAGGAGUCCAUGAGGUACAAGCCAGUGCACCGGGAUUACUGGUCUCGUUUUCUGAGGUGUAUAGACAUCUUGAAGACGAAAAAGCAAAGAACCGUCUUCCGCCUUACCCUUGUGCACGGCUACAACUGCCUCCUGCAGCCUGCGACAGAAGAGGGGGACAACACUGCUCCUCUCAGCACCGACAGCAACAGCAGCAACAGCAGCAACGGGAGCACCGCCACCAGCAACGGCUGCAGCAGCAGUAGUGGGACCGCCACCAGCAGCUGCAGCAACGGCACCGGGAGCAUCAGCACCACCGACACCAUCAGCACCCCCAGCAACACCGUCAACAGCAGCAGUAGCAGCAGCAGCAUCGCAAGCCGCAGGAAGGCUACAGGGGAAGUGACAAGCACUCUUGAGGGCUACGCCGCCCUGGUGCUGCGGGGGGAGCCUGACUUUAUUGAAAUAAAAGGCAUGACGUUCUGUGGCGGCCUCGAUAAAGAUUCUCUAUCCAUGAAAAACGUACCAAGACACCAACAGGUGCUAUGGUUUGCUAGGGCGCUGCUUAAGGCGCUGCCAGAGGGAAGAUAUGGGCUUGCCUCAGAGCACGAGCAUUCAUGUUGUGUGUUACUGGCGCAGACGAAGUACUGCCGCGACGGCCAGUGGCACACGUGGAUUGACUACCCCAAGUUUUUUGAACUUGCCCUAAGCGGGAAUGCAGAUUUCACUGGCCUUGAUUACUCGGUGCCGUCGCCUCUUUGGGCUAUCUUCGGCUCAGAAGGUCGCGGGUUCGAUCCCCACCAACGAAGGGUAUUCGGGAAGGGCCGUAGGCGGAAAGAGGCUGCGGCAGCCCAACUGCAACAGUGA